AUGGAAGAUACUUGGAAUCAUUAUUACGAUAUCCUUUUUAAAAUAUCAUCAAUCACUGGUGCGUGGCCGUAUCUGAAACUAAGAACAAGAAUAUUUCGUGUUACACUGCUAACCACGAUUGCAUUGACCAUAUUAAUUCCGCAGAUGGUGUAUCAAUUUAAGUGCAAGAAAGACAUGCAGUGUACUUUUAAAGCAAUGACAGCGUAUCUGCUGACAUUUGUAGCUAUGUUGAAAGUGUACACGAUUCAGUCAAACACCCGCACAAUUAAAAAUUUCAUCCAACACUUACUUGGCUACUGGAAAGAAUUACAAACUUCUGAAGAGUACGAAAUUAUGAAGUCGUAUGCCGAAAAUAGUAGACGAUUCUCUUUAGUAUAUACGAGUGAGGACUGA